AUGUACUUAGAUACUGCAUCUGAGAUGUGGACCGUGUUAAACAAUCGGUUUAACCAAGGCAAUGGUCCACGGAUCUUUGAAUUAAACGAAACACUAACAUACCUCAAUCAAGGGGAUGACUCCGUUAGUGCAUACUUCACUAAACUCACUGCCAUCAGGGACGAAAUUAAUCAAUUAAGACCCUGCAUUCCUUGCACAUGUUCUGCUGCUGCCCAAAGAUUAGAUCAUCAAAACCAUGACCAUGUUCUUCAAUUCCUUAAGGGUCUCAAUGACUCAUAUCAUGCAGUUCGUGACCAAAUACUACUGCUUGAUCCAUGCCCCCCUUUAAACAAAGUCUUUUCUAUGGUAGUCAACCAAGAAAGACAAAGAACUUUGGGUCAUAGAUCUUUUCCUCCCUUGGCUGCUGCAACAUCCAGUAACUCCCAAGACAAUGCCCCUGCAACAAAUGCAGCUUCCAAAAACAAACGCCCUCGCCCUCAUUGCACCCACUGCCAAAAACCUGGUCACUACAGGGACAAAUGUUACUUUCUAGUUGGCUUCCCACCUGACUAUGGCAAUCGCAAACCAAGUGACAACCCCCCUGUCAACACAAAGAAACCUGACACUGGUAAUCACACCAGAAAUCCCCAAGCUUCACAUGUUUCAAGCACUGCUGAUGCAUCUACUCCUCAACUUACACCUGCCCAAUGUCAACAAAUCAUCUCUAUGUUGACUCAACAGCUGCAGCCUACUACAGAUGCCUCAACCUCCAAUGACAAUGUUGCCAUCAACAACUUCUCAGGACCUUUCUCCGAUAUCGAAGAUUGGGACUGCUAA